AUGUUCCGAGAUGAGUCCAGUAAAGUAAUCCAAAAAGCACACGCGCAAUGGGGGGCGGCUACAUCACCACCUUCGGCCAACUCUGCUGCGUCGGCAACGUCGAGUUCGGCAUCGUGGACCUCCUCGCCGUCAGCCAUGACCAACGACACGAGGAGUCCCGUGGACGAGAGCCCCGCCUCGCCUGCCGAGAUUGUGCUUAGCAAGAACAUGCAGCUAUUGUCGCCCAAGAUUCAUCAAAAGGUUGAACCGACGAUAGAACAGCGCGGUCUCCAGUUCUUCAUCGAGCAGUACCUCAUGAAGACCCCCGAUGCUCCGUCAGCCGACCGCCAUCUGGCCGUCUACAGUGGUAGCACCCAGGCCAUGCAGACUGUCAUGAUGGCUGUAGGCCUUGCCGGCCUGUCACACAAGCGAGGGGAUAAGGCCAUGAACCUUAUAGCGAGACAAAAGUAUACGGCAGCGCUGAAGCAAACGGGACAAUUAAUAGCCGCCGGUCCGAGUGACACGAUUUCUGUCAUGGGUCCGCUCCGAGCCGUUGUCACUUUGGCCAUGUUUGAGGUUGUCCAAGGCAAGGGCUCGAAACUGUCAACCGGCACAGCCAACAUUCACAUCCUGGGGGCCAUUGCCCUGCUAAGAAAUGUAGUCCCACACUCCCAGUAUCCCGUGUUCGGGGCACGGGCUAUACUGCAACUGAUGUACUCACUGUUGAUCCCUUCUCAAGUGACGGACGCGCCACUCCCACCCCAAUUUUUUGAGGUGCUUGCCAUGUGUAGGCAGUUUAUACCACCACAAGAGCAUGCCACAUGUGAUCUAGCUGUGGCAAUCGCCAAUUUUCUCGAAUUGCUCACACACUCCAAAAGCCCCUUGCUCCUGGACGGAAAUCCAGACACGGAACAUACCCUUCAGGAAUUAUUACAAAUGGACGACCUCAUGGGUGGUCUCGAGCAGCAAUUGCAGAGAUCGCUACCUUUCACGGUGGAAAAAGCACCCAAGGAGUACCCCCCAGAGGCCGUCUUUCGGGGGAAAUAUCAUAGAUACAAUGGUAUCGAAGCGGCCCGGCUCUGGAAUCACUUGCGCUGGGCUCGCAUACUAGUGGUUCAACGAAUCAUUGAUACGAAGAAGGAUUUCCCAAAUUCGGUUUCCUUCGUAGUAUCCCCAGCCCAAUUGCAGGCAUGUUAUAACACGUCACAGCGCAUGGCGGAGGACAUCAUCACAAGCACUCCGUCUCACUGGCACCACCCCAUACUCUCCGAGCCGCAAGCCCGACGGCUAGCAGCAGUCGGCAAAGGUGGAACCGGCGCUGCGGGACUACCGGGUCUUCUCUGGCACCUCAAGAUCGCCGGUUGCGCGCCUGGUGUGCCGACAGAAUUCUGGGACUGGGCAUACGCACUCGCGCAGGUGGUAUGGAGAACCAUGGGAAUGCAACACGCGCUUGCCCUGUCCGAGGUCAUGGAAGGCCACCGUGCCGGCAUGGAGAAGGAGGCCAUUGACCGGCUCAUCAAGGUCGAGGAUGAAGAGGAGUGGUAA